UAAAUGAAAUUCUUGUUCUCUUUUUAUGGCAGAUUAGGGGCAAGUUGAUUUUUUAUGAGACUUUAAUCUAAUGAACCUUGAGGCUGCAUUAGUUCAAGUCAUAUCAAAAAUUGUGCAACUGGAAUUAUUUGAUUGCUUUUGUAUUUGAGUUUGUGUUUAUUUACUGAAGUUAUUUAGAACUAAAAAUUCUCUACAUUUCAAAAAAAUUGCAACCAAGUAUUAGUUCAGACUCACUAUGCCUUCUUCUGAUGAAGUUCAGAGGCACUCGGUACAUACCCUUGUGUUCCGCUCUCUGAAGCGAACACAUGACAUGUUUUUAUGUGACCAAGGCAAUCUGCCUCCUCCUCACCUUCCCUCUGAACAGUUUAAAAGAGCAGUUAAAGCCAAAGAUCAGUAUGGGCCAGUUCUGCACAGAGUUGCCCAAGCAAAGAAAGCUGCAGCAGCUCUGGCCGCUGCCAACAAUGCAAUGGCAGAGAGCUCAGUGGAAAAUGGAAUUGGAGCUGCACCACUUGCAAUAGAAGGAGCUCCUGGGACCAAACCAACUGUCCCUUCUGCCGCUUCACAGGCCAUGGUGCCACUUGCUGCCCCAGAUGCCGGUCCUGGAGGAGCUGCAAAUGCUGGCCAGCAGUUGGCUCUUCGUAAGGCACCUGUUAUGCCCAAGCCAAGAUGGCAUGCACCAUGGAAACUGUCCAGAGUUAUAUCAGGCCAUGGAGGCUGGGUGCGCUGUGUUGCUGUGGAGCCUGGCAAUGAAUGGUUCUGCACUGGUUCUCAAGAUCGCAUUAUUAAAAUUUGGGACAUGGCUUCAGGUCAACUGAAGCUCUCACUCACCGGGCACGUGUCUGCUGUGCGAGGCGUCGCUGUCUCAAAGCGCCAUCCCUACCUCUUCUCUUGUGGUGAAGACAAGCAAGUCAAGUGCUGGGACCUCGAGUAUAAUAAGGUGAUUCGUCACUACCACGGCCACUUGAGUGCUUGCUACGACCUCUCCCUGCACCCCACACUGGACGUGCUGCUCACAUGCGGUCGGGACUCAACAGCGCGCGUCUGGGACAUGCGUACCACUGCCAACAUCCACACCCUCACAGGGCACGCACAAACUGUCGCCUCUGUUGUGUGUCAGGCUGCUGAACCUCAGGUGCUAACAGGUUCCCACGACAAGACAAUCCGACUGUGGGACUUGGCUGCCGGUCGCUCCAUGUGCACCUUGACUCACCACAAGAAGAGCGUGCGCGCGCUGGCCCUGCAUCCUACACUCUAUAUGUUCGCUUCUGCCGGUGCUGAUAACAUCAAGCAGUGGAAGUGUCCCAAGGGCGAAUUUGUGCAGAGCGUGGCAGGCCACAACGCCAUCAUCAACAGCGUGUGCAUCAACAGCGAAGGCGUGAUGGUGUCGGGCGCCAAUAACGGCACACUCUACUUCUGGGACUGGCGCACUGGACACAACUUCCAGAAGCUCCAGGCGCCGCCACAACCAGGCUCAAUGGACAGCGAGGCGGGAGUGUACGCCAUGGCUUUUGACCAGAGCGGCUCUCGGCUCAUCACCUGCGAUGCCGAUAAGACAAUCAAAAUCUACAAGGAAGAUGAAGAAGCUAAUGAAGAAAGCCAUCCCGUCAUAUGGAGGCCCGAGAUCAUGAAGAGAAGAAAAUACUGAGCGUUGACUGCCAGCCUUUCCACUGUCGUUUUUAUGUCACUAUCUCCUAUAUGAUAUCUUAAAAAAUGAAUACAUUA